GUUUUGUUCGUAACAGGAUGGCAAAAGACCAGUAAAACAACACAUGGAACUCCAUAAUUGUCUUCACCUUGUUAAUUCAAGAUUAUUUUAACGCAUGUAAAUGUCACUUUCGUUCCGCCUUUUUCUUUGUAUGGGUAUUUCCCAAUAACACGAGGGGAGUGGCUCCGCCAAGCCACCACGGUAGUGCGCUGUCACGUAGCCUACCCGAGGAACUGCGUGCGAAGAAGAGCCGUGAAUGCGUGAAGAAUCUGAAUGUAAGGAAUACAGUAUAAUCCACUUGAAAUUAUACAGCAAGAAAACCACAAUUCGUCUGAAUGGUAUGCGUUUGAGAAACUUUCUGGACGAUGCCUAGACGAGGACGCUACAGGCUUGCCAGGAGUGUGUCGUCCACCUCGGAGCCUGAGAAGUCUCUGGGUCCGGGUAUCCACGUGUACCUUUUCUGGACCAAGGAAGGCGAGCGGCACCUGACCCAUAAUGACAACCUUGUCACUGCCGAGGAGCUGUCGAUCAAGGCCGCGGAGGCUGCUGGUAUUUCUCCUAUAUGCUUCAGUCUCUUCGCUUUGUACAGUCCCCAGUCUCAGUGCUGGUAUAGUCCAAACCACAGCUUUGACCCGCAGAGCAUGUGUGGUUUUGAACUCCACUUUCGGAUGAGGUUCUACUUCCGUAACUGGCAUGGGUUGAAUGAAAAGGAAUCUACAGUUUUUCGCUAUGCCCAGCGAACAGGGUCAACGGGGAAGUCCGGCUCCCCUCUGCUUGAAAUGCCAUCACUGCAGUACCUGUUUGCCCAGGCUAAAUAUGACUUUGUAAACGACGUGGCUCCCAUGGAUGAGGUGCGAGGCGAUGCGGAUCUGACUCGCUAUAAGGAUGAGAGUCUGGGCAUGGCCGUUCUGGAUAUGUCCCAUAUGGCCCUACAGUCAGACUCCAACCUGCAAGACGUGGCCAAACGUACCAGCUACCUGCGCUGCAUCCCGCGCUCCUUCUCCCGUCACAUCUCGCGCGACAACUUCCUGACUAAGAUCCGCAUCCGCCACGUCUUCGCCCAGUUCGUACGCAGCUUCCAGCAGCACACGGUGGGCCAGGGCAAGCUGGGCGCCCAGGAGGUGAUGUACAAGUACCUGGGCACACUGGAGAACCUGGCGCCGCGCUUUGGCACCGAGACCUUCCCCGUGCUGCGACUGACGCUGAAGCAGGAGAGCGAGGGCAGCGGGUCCUACCUGACUCACGCCUCGUCGUCCUCCUCGCGGGGGCUGCCGGGGGACACGCCACAGCAGCAUGACAGCUUGGACACCCAGCCCACUAGCGAGGUCAUGAUCUCCGGUACCAGGGGCAUCCAGUGGCGCAAGAUCUCAGCACAGAAGGCGCAGGAAAACGACUAUCUUGGGAGUGUGGGGAACAAAAAGAAAAGCAGGCAUGCAUCGACCACCUCACAGGAGCCAAGCACGCCAGACAAGUGGAGCUUCUUUUGUGAUUUCCCCGAGAUAUCACAUAUCGCCAUAGUCGGAGCCAAUGUCUGCAUCUGCCAUCAGGACAAUCAUGCAAUGGACCUACAGCUGAGGUCCAGUCUGGAAGCUCGCUCGCUGGUGUCCCUGUUGGACGGCUACUUCCGACUGACUGCAGACGCGCACCACUACCUCUGCCACGAGGUCGCCCCGCCCAGGGUCGUCAUGAGUGCCGCCUGCGGCAUCCACGGACCCAUCAUGGAUGAGUUUGUGCAGCAAAGACUGAAGAAAGAGGCAGGCCCAGAUGGCGUGUAUGUUUUGCGAUGGAGUUUCCUGGAUUAUAACUGUAUCAUCUUGGCCGUCCUCAGUAGAAAUGAGGAGGGCGACACCUAUAAGCAGUUCCGGAUCCUGCAGAGGGAGGACAAGUUUCUUCUGGAUGGCUGGAACAAGGAGUUCCAUACCGUCAAGGAGCUCACGGAGGGCCUCAAGACAUUCAUGCUCAAGUCUGGCAAUGACAACUUCACCGUCAAGAGAUGCUGCCUGCCCCGACCUGCAGAGCCUUCAAACCUGCUGGUGGUGAGGCAGGGAGCCAGCAGCAGCAUCAAGCCCCUCUCAGAGACCCUCAAUCUGGCGCAGCUCCGCUUCCAUCAGAUCAAAGACAAGGAGAUCACACGUGAGCAGCAUCUGGGCCGCGGCACCAGGACCAACAUCUACUCGGGGCGCCUGCAAGUGCACAGCGGAGAGGAGGAGGACGACGAGGACGAGUGGAACAACAACCACACCAACCGCAAAGGCAUACGAGUGGUGCUCAAGAUACUGGACCAGACCCACAAGGAUAUUGCCCUGGCGUUCUUUGAGACGGCGAGCCUUAUGAGCCAGGUGUCCCACAGUCACCUGGUGUUCGUUCACGGCAUCUCUGUCAAGGGAUCUGAGAAUAUAAUGGUGGAGGAGUUUGUGGAGUUUGGUCCCUUGGAUAUCUUCCUGCGGAAAGAAAGAGGACGCCUCACUCCCCAGUGGAAAUUUACUGUGGCCAAACAGCUAGCCAGCGCACUCAGUUACCUGGAAUCCAAGCGUUUGGUGCAUGGAAACGUGUGUGCUAAGAAUAUCCUGGUGGUCAGACCGGGGCUGGAGGAGGGCACCUCUCCCUUCAUCAAGCUGAGUGACCCUGGCAUCUCUCUCACAGCGCUGUCAUCUCAAGAGCGUGUGGAGCGUAUCCCGUGGAUCGCCCCUGAGUGUGUCCCCGCGGGGGCCUCUCUGGGGCCUGCGGCUGACCAAUGGAGCUUUGGCACCACCCUGCUGGAGAUAUGCAACAACGGAGACCUGCCCAUGAGCGCCAGCUCGCCCAACGAGAAAGAGCGUUUCUACGAGACACAGAGUCGGCUGGCCGAGCCAUCGUCUCAGGAGCUGGCGAGCUUCAUCAGCAAGUGCCUGACCUACAACCCGGCGGAGAGGCCGUCUUUCCGCGCCAUACUGCGGGAGCUCACCGAGCUGCAGCUCAAGAAUCCUGACAUUUCAUCCAGGUGUGAGUCGAGCCAAGACACAGACCCAAGUGUUUUCCUCAAGCGUUACCUGAAGAAAAUGAGAGACCUGGGAGAGGGCCACUUUGGCAAGGUGAUGCUGUACGUGUAUGACCCGGCUAACGACGGCACAGGGGAGUUCGUGGCGGUCAAGGCCUUGAAGCAGGACGGAGGCGGCCAUCUGCACGAGAGCUGGAUGAAGGAAAUCAAGAUCCUCAAGUCCCUCUACCACGAGAACAUCGUCAAGUACAAGGGCUGCUGCUCCGAACUGGGUGGGCAGGUGGUGCAGCUGAUCAUGGAGUUCUUGCCCCAGGGCAGCCUGAGAGAGUACCUGCCCAAGCACCGGGUGGGCAUGGCGCAAAGCCUGCUCUUCGCCCAGCAGAUAUGCCAGGGGAUGGAUUACCUGCACUCCAAGCGCUACAUCCACAGAGACCUGGCCGCCCGCAACGUGCUGGUGGAGAACGAAGGCCUGGUGAAGAUUGGAGACUUCGGACUGACAAAGUACAUUCCGGAAGGCGACGUCUACUACCGUGUCCGUGAGGACGGCGACAGUCCGGUGUUUUGGUAUGCUAUUGAGUGCCUGAAAGAGAGCAAGUUCUCCUUCUCCUCUGACGUCUGGUCCUUUGGAGUGACGCUCUAUGAGAUCCUCACCAACUGUGACAGUCGGCAAAGCCCACCAUCGAAAUUCUUUGACAUGAUGGGGAACACACAGGGCCAGAUGACCGUGAUGAAGCUCAUCAGCCUCCUGGAGAGACACUCACGACUACCCGCCCCCAAGGACUGCUCCCCGGAGGUGUACAGCCUGAUGAGGCAGUGCUGGAGCAUCAAGCCAGACGAUCGGCCGUCUUUCCAAGAGCUCAUCGGGUCCAUGCAGAACAUACGAGAGGCCUACAAGCAACCCACGCUGGCCCCUAUCCUGCCCCCGAUCUAGGGUGACCAUCUCUGCGUCAGUAAAAAGGCGGACAUAUUUUUGGACGGGGGGUGUGGCGGUUCGCCCCCAAGAAAAUGUGCGUUUCGUAGAUGCAAUUUCAUGCAUUUUAAUCAACCAGGUGUCCGGCAUAAUGCUGUGCCGGACGCCGGACAAGGCACUGAAAAGACGGAUGGUCCGUCCUAAAGACGAGCGUCUGGCCACCCUACCCUGAUCAACAGCUGAAAGAUCCACAUGUGCACUAUCAAACCUUUGAGGGAAAUUACAUGGACAAUACUUGGAGAUACAUACAUGGACUGGACAAUACUUACACAUAUUUAUAUCAAAUAGUCUUACAAGCACCGGCCUACUCUGUGGUGCUGGCCCAGAUCACACAGAGAGAUCCACAUGUGCGCUGUCAAAGCCUUUGCCUUUACACAGACAAUGGGCCUUCUAACGUGACAUCAAGAACCUUCAAAACAGGUGAAGCUGCAUCCGGCUCCGGUAUGUCCGUGAUUGGCAUACAUACACAUACUGGAUAUUAUUCAGACACCACUUUUUCUGUAUAAAAGCCUCAAACCGACAGUUGUUUAUGACUUUAUGAUUAUCUUGCUUUGCCUCCAACUUGUCAGACAUCACUGUGAAAAGGGUUAAUCCCCCAACCGGAGCACAAAGCGUAUCCUCCUGUGAAUGUGCCGAUUCCUGGUUGAGAGAGUGAAACACCCCUGUCACAGUUUCAUUCCAACACAGAUGACUUCACUGAACAGCUGGCCUACCUAUGUGUUACGUUCGUUAUGUAAGAAAAGGCAAAAGAAAAUCUAAAGUGUUGAGCUGGUCUACCUGCCUUGAGUACCCAAUAUGAUCUGCUGAUUGGAGAGCUGGUUGGAUCUAAGUCGUGGCAGGGUUUUGGUUUUCAUUUGUGAACCUGGGAUUGACACAGCUGCUUUUGUGAUGUUGACCUUUGACCUUGCAAAAAAAGGAACCUGACUCUGGCCAGAUGAAUGUAUUUCUGACUUGCUCCACUCAUACUGUAGGUCUACAUCUCUCUGCGUACUGUAUGAGAUGUAUUUCAGAAGCUGGGGCCUCAUCCAACUGUGUGUGUGUGUGUGUGUGUGUGUGUGUGUGUGUGUGUGUGUGUGUGUGUGUGUGUGUGUGUGUGUGUGUCUCUGUUCCCAUCCUUUAAAGAAUGAAUAUGUAGUAGAUUCGCCAACACGGUUGACAUUGAUGCGAGCCGCCACUGUUGUCUGAAAGAACCAAUUGCUUCUCUGCCGCAUCACAUCAAUGAAUGUUUUCUGCUUUUUGGUCCGUUUAUUUUUUCUGGCAAGUACUUCCCAUUGGCCAAGUACUUCCCAUUGGCCACAUGUAUAUUCAUCUGGCGAGACUCAGGCAAGAGUCUCGACUUGCCCUAAACUGAGAAGCUGCUAAUGCACUACCAAAAACCUAGCCGUCGUCGUCAUCGUCGUCGUCAUCAUCAUCAUCAUCAUCAUCAUCAUCAUCAUCAUCAUCAUCAUCAUCACCACCAUCAUCAUCAUCAUCUUCUUCUUCUUCUUCUUAUUCUUAUUCUUAUUCUUAUUCUUAUUCUUAUUCUUAUUCUGGUCCUACAAGUUCACUUUUCAUUGACUCUCCUUCCGGCACUUUAGGCUGCACUGCAGUGCACUUGUGCUGCUCCAUUUUGGUUGUAGUGUGUGUGUUUGUGUGUGUGAGAGAGAGAGAGAGAGAGAGAGAGAGAGAGAGAGAGAGAGAGAGAGAGAGAGAGAGAGAGAGAGAGAGAGAGAGAGAGAGAGAGAGAGAGAGAGAUCUGCAGCUUUGUGCACUGUUUCACUUAGCAUCAUUCAGAAUGUGAAUUGUUUACUUGGCUUAGCUUGGCUUGGCCUCUUACUGGACAGUAAAUAUAAUGUGUGGCAUUUAUAAUAUGACUUUUUGUGAGCAUGGUGAUUAUUAUCCGCUUUCAUUAUAGCAACAUUGUGUUUCUCUACCCUAUCAAGAAUUCUAACUACAAGGAUUGUUAAUAGCCUGCAUACAUGUGUAGGCCUAUAUUUAUGUGCAUGGGUAGGUUGAAAGCUGUGCAAAUGCUGUCUUCUUGUUGUAUUGUUGAUUAAAAGCCAAUUAUGUUCACUUUUUGAGUGUCAACAAAAGACUAGGAUUUGGGGGAAUAGGUGGUAAAUGUUUAUCAAUAGGUCUACUUGUGUGGCCUUUGCCUUUUUGCUAUGUUGGUAACUGGGAGAAUGGUUUCAUCAUUUGUCUUUGAUUGUAUUUGUUAUUUUUUUGUAUUUUAACGCUGUAUUUCUAUGUAAUAAACCUCACUGCAAAACC